AUGAAUCAAGGUUACAUCGAAGAUAUCUCUUCCUCAUCUGUCCCAUCUCGUUCAGCGGCUCUGGCCAACAAAUCGGGCGAAUCGCCCCCUCGGCCACGCACCCGACCGCGAUUCGACGUCUACUACACGCACGAUAAUGCCAUUGAUGAAGAUGAAGAAGGAGCUGCCAGCGCAGGCGGAGAAGGUGAAGAUGAACCGCCCAGGAAGCGGCGGCGCGAGCUCAGAACCACAAAGACGAACCACAGCACGCCCCAGUAUCGUAGCAGCCUCGAGGACGCAAUCACGCCGGCACCACCCGCGCCUCAACGCGUGGACUACCACCAGCACCUGCGGCCGCCUCCGCCGGCGGUGACGCCUCUCGAGGAGCAGUACCUCACGCGGAUCGCCCAGGUGCCCUUCGCCGAUCUCACCUUCGGCCAGCUCCUCGGCUCCGGCUUCUUUGGCAAAGUCUACAAGGGUCAGUUGGGAGGUCAAGAGGUGGCGAUCAAGCGAAUGGUGCGCCGCGGGUUCAGGCACAGCAGCGAGGCUCAGCUCUUCAUCAACGAGACCUCUGUGUUUUGUGAACUGGACCAUCCCAACAUUCUCAAGUUCCUCGGCGCCUCCAUCUCACCCAAGGGAGAGCACUGCAUCGUGACAGAGUAUAUGGCGGGCGGAUCCCUGCGUCGUCUGCUCGACAUGUCGCGCAACACAAUCACGGAGGCCAAGAGGAGGAAGAUCGCCAAAGACGUGGCCAUGGGCGUGAACUACCUGCACCACCACAAGCCCAAGAUCAUCCACAGGGACCUAUCGUCGAGCAAUAUCCUGCUCGAUGCCGAUUGCACCGUGGCCAAGGUCGGCGAUUUCGGGCUCUCGCGGUUCAUGGACGAGACGGGGAGCAAGAUGACGUGUGCGGUCGGCGCGCUGGCAUGGAUGGCACCCGAAGUCUACAUUGGACAGACCUACACCGAGAAAGCCGACGUCUACAGCUACGCCAUCUGCCUGGCCGUGCGUCUCCCUCUCACCCUCACGUCCGUGAUCCCGAGAGCGCCGGCAGACGGCCGUGGGAUGUGA